AGCUCCCAUAUAAAGGGUGUGCCUGCUGUGCUGCUUGUGUUGACAUAUUUGAUUUAUACAAAGCAGCAACUUUGACCUUUCUGAGUGUGGAGGAGGAGGAAGUAUAGAGAAACAGUGCCACUACAAAGGAAGGAGGAACCACUGAGCACAGCAGAUACACAAUUGUCUGACACCUUAUUCCACAAGAGUGAAGAAUGACGGAGGACAAGGAAAAUGUUCUCCAACCCCAAAGGAAGAACUCAGGAAAGGGGGCCAGGGCCCGGCGCCGUGGGAGUGUCCCGGCAGGAGCAGGUGGAGCCAAAGAAGGGGAGGGGGAGACAGGGAAACCUCGCCGUUUGGCAGGGAUUAGACCAAGAAUCUCUAUCGAAGAACUGAGAAAUGCAUACAAACGGCAAGCUUCCACACCUCAGGAGGAAAUAUUACCAAUGUUUGAUCCCAUGGCCAAGGCCCAGGAGAGCAAAGGAGUCACCCGUGGGAGAACUGGUUUGGUCUACGAUGAGCGCAUGGCCGAGCACCGAUGCCUGUGGGAUGCCAACUAUCCUGAAUGUCCUGAGAGACUGACACACACCCUGGAAAGAUGUCGGCAGCUGAGAUUAAUCGAGCGUUGUGAACCUAUAUUGCCAAGAAGUGCGACAGAAGACGAGAUCCUGAAAAGUCAUUCUCGGUCGCAUCUCUACCUCUUGUGGAGUACGAAGGAUGAGAAGAACGAGGAAAAACUGGAAAACAUCUCUUCGCACUUUGACUCGAUAUACAUUCAUCCAGAAACCUAUGAACUUGCACUCCUGGCAGCUGGGAGCACUAUAGAUCUAGUAGACGCAAUAAUGGCUGGAAAGAUUCAGAAUGGGAUGGCUCUUAUUAGACCUCCAGGACAUCAUGCAAUGAAGACAGAGUUUUGUGGAUAUUGCUUCUUCAACAACGUGGCCCUGGCAGCUCAGGUGGCCUUGGAGAAACUCAAGCUGUCACGUAUUCUGAUUGUGGAUUGGGACGUUCACCAUGGCCAGGGUACUCAGCAGAUGUUCUAUGAGGAUCCAAGGGUCUUAUACUUCUCCAUCCAUCGCUAUGAAAAUGGAACCUUCUGGCCAGAGCUCCGGGAAAGUGACUACGACAAUGUUGGAGCUGGUCAAGGUCGGGGUUUCAACUUCAACGUACCUCUAAACAAGACUCAGAUGAGAAAUGAGGAUUAUUUAGCAGUGUUUCAUCAAGUCCUUCUUCCUGUGGCAUAUGAGUUCAGUCCAGAGUUGGUCAUAGUGUCAGCAGGAUAUGAUGCAGCUGUUGGAUGUCCAGAGUUUGAUCCUGAGUUGGUUCUUGUUUCUUCUGGUUAUGAUGCUGCAGUAGGUGAUGAGAAGGGAGAAAUGGAGAUUACCCCUGCCUUUUAUGCUCACCUCACCUCUAGUCUCAUGGCACUGGCAAAUGGGCGUGUAGCUGUUAUCUUUGAGGGUGGUUACUGUCUUGAGUCACUAGCAGAAGGAGCUGCUCUGACACUUAGUGCCCUUCUGGGAGACCCUUGCCCAAAGCUUCUGGAUCCCAUCUUCAAACCCUCACUAAGCAUGUGUGAGUCCCUGCUCAACCUUAUCUAUGUCCAGAGGCCAUACUGGAAGUGUUUCCAGUACCAAGGGUCCUUCUCUGUCCACGAGAAGACCAAUGGGGACACGGGAGAGCGCCACAUCCCCACCCUCUCCUACCUUGGCAAUGCGACAAAGCCCCUUAAGUACGAAACCAGAAACUGCUAUCCUGUCCAAUCUCAGGAGGUCAAAGAAAAGAUCAAACUCCAGUUGGUCAGGCUGAAGCAAGACAAACCUCCUCAGAUGUUUGAGAAUAAUAGACUCUGCUUGGUGUAUGACGAGGCCAUGAGUAAUCACCAUAGUUUGUCAGAAAAAGAGCAUCCAGAAAGACCAGAAAGAACAGAGAGAAUAUGGAAAUCUCUAAAACAGUUUGGCAUCAUAGAAAGAGCAACUGUCUUGCAGUCACGACAUGCUACACAGCAAGAGCUAGAGCUCAUUCACACACAUGAGCAUGUAAACUUAAUGGCAAGCACAAGUGCAUUAAGUGAAAAUGAGCUCUUGAGUAUGCAGGAUAACUACAAGUCGAUAUACCUUCAUCCCAAGAGCAAUGAAGCUGCUCUUCUGGCUGCUGGGAGCCUCUUGCAGGUCAUAGAUGAUGUAUGCAGUAACAAAAGCUUAAGUGGAAUAGGAGUAAUUCGUCCUCCAGGCCAUCAUGCAGAGCAGGAUCAUCCACAUGGCUUCUGUUUGUACAACAACGUGGCCAUUGCUGCUAAGUAUGCCAUUACCCACCAUGGUUGUGAAAGAGUGCUGAUCCUUGACUGGGAUGUUCACCAUGGUAAUGGCGUCCAGCAUGCAUUCGAGGCUGACCCAAAGGUCCUCUACAUUUCCAUCCACCGCUAUGACCACGGCCUCUUCUUCCCUUCUUCUGAAGAUGCCAAUUAUGACCAGGUUGGCUCUGGAGAUGGCGAGGGCUACACAGUCAAUAUUCCAUGGAAUAAGAGUGGUAUGGGAGACGCAGAGUACAUGUCAGCAAUGCUACAGGUGGUAAUGCCGAUAGCAUACCAGUAUGACCCACAGUUAGUGCUUGUGUCAGCGGGGUUCGAUGCAGCUCGUGGUGACCCUCUUGGAGGUUGCCGUGUCACACCUGAAUGCUAUGGCCACAUGACCAGGCUUUUGUCAAGCUUAGCUGGGGGCCGCAUGGUCCUGGCACUAGAAGGUGGCUACAACCUAAGCAGUAUUAGUUACUGCAUGACUAUGUGUGCCAAGGCUCUUCUGGGCGAUCCUCUACCAUCGCUUGAGCCUGGACUUGUGCCCAACAAGAAUGCUGUGCAAUCCAUAUCUGAUACCAUUAGAACCCAUAAAAAGUACUGGACAGCUCUGUCCUUCCAGGUUGAUCUUCCUGUUGAGGAUGUUCUGUGCCAAGGCUUUGGAGGUGGAGCCCAACCUGUGGAGUCAGGUGCAUCUGGUUCUGAAGUCUCUUCAUGUAAUGUGUCUCCUGUCUCCACUCCGUCCACUGCAUCCCCUCCUUAUGUCUCUGCUCCAUCAUCUCCUGAUAAGACUUGGAAGAAUGGAAAUUGUAUGGAGAAUGGAGCAUCCCCACAAUUGGAAUGCAGCUCUGAAAGGACCAAGUUUGAUUCAAAUAAAAUGGACAUAGAAGUUACACCAAUCCCUGAAUUGCAGAGGUCUGUGAGAAGCAGAGUGAAGAGUGAAAAAGCUGCUUCAGCUUCCGUUGCAGAACAAAGAGAUGUAAAAGUUGGAGGAAUGCAGAAGGAGUUUGGUUCAGAGGGAAGUUCUAGGAUGAGCCGGAGAAAAGUUGGGGAUCAAGGUGGCUCAGGGGAGAGUGCUAACCACACAUCGACACCCAUCCGGCCAAGUAGACCAGUAAAAAAUGUAGGCCUUAUGCUCAGAGCUGCUGCAUCAUGUGCCGGAAUUGUGAAAGGAGUAACAGCUAUUGUCUCCAAUGAAAAUACCUGUGAUGCUUGUUAUAAAGCAACUACACUAGAUUCUGGAAGCAUUAAUGGGAUCCUAAAACAUUGCAAAGAAUUGAAACUUUUGCAUUCAUGUACAAGAUUAGAGGCAAGACCAGCAUCUGAGGAGGAAAUUUUGUCAGUCCACACCAAAGAAACACUGGAAGGUCAUGUGCAGAGAGGGACAUGUAGCAAAAGCCCCUGUUCAGGGGACCCUGCAUUGACUGCAGCUGGGAGCUUUGUAGAGUUGAUUAGUGAAGUGGUACAGGGAAAUGUGCUCAAUGGUAUAGCUCUUGUACAGGUAUCAGAUCAUACCAGUUCAGGUAAUCAGAUAAUUAGCAAUAACUAUAUUAAUAAUUUAGCAAUUGGAACUCAAUAUUCUUUAGAUAACAUUGGGCUACAAAGGGUGCUCAUUGUUAACUGGAAUGCUCAGAAUGGUUAUAAUACUCAAAAUCUUUUUUACAAUGAUCCAAGAGUCUUAAUGUUUUCUGUCAAUCUCACUGAUGAUCAGAGUGCAACCAAAGGGUCAGUUGACAGACGAGGAGAGAACAAGGGCCUUGGUUAUACUUUUGAUUUAAGCCUUAACAGAGAUUCUCAGAGUAAGAAUUUCACCCAAGGAGAUUAUCUUGCAAUGCUCCACCAGGUCAUCUUACCCGUGGCCUAUGAAUUUUGCCCAGAGCUGGUUCUCUUAGCAAUUGGUAAUGAAUUAGUGCACCAAUCCCCAACAGUGUCUCCACUCAUUUAUUCACAUAUAACUCAAAUGUUGAUGCCUUUAGCACAAGGCCAUUUAACUGUGAUGUUAGAAGUUGGAAAUGCCAAGGAAAUAACCAAAGAUAUUGCUGCUGCCACAUUGUCAGCACUGUUAGACAAAGCAGUAGAACUUUUGCCAGUAAUUUAUGAAAACACAUCAGAAGUACAAGAUUCAGUUGUCAAUAUGAUAAAUGUACAAGCAGCAACCUGGAAGAGUUUAAAACAACAUGCUCAGACCUCCUGUAUUAAUACAAAGAAGCAGGCAAAUGCAUCUUCAACAGUAUUGUGUGAUGAACAGCAAAUAAUUGCUAAAGCAUUUGAUGGUUGUGUAACUACCCCCACACAUACACUUUGCCUUGCCUAUGAUGAGGGAAUGAUGGAACACUUCAGUUAUGAUGAUGAGACUCACCCUGAAAGGCCAGAGAGAAUUAGUUGCAUCUUCCAGCGGCUGCAAGAAUUUGGCAUUGUUGGCCGCUGCCACCAAGUAAAGACAAGGUUAGCAUCAGCAGCAAUAUAACUGUCCA